AUGGCACCUCCAUCGCAGCCACAGACGGCACCUGAAGCCCUCGUAGGCGUCACAUCGUUCCCUCAGCUUACUGUCAGCGAGAUCCUCGAGCAACUCUACGAGAUUGAUCUCCUCUGGGUAACCACCGAAGACAUCAACAAGCCCACCUACCACUCUGCCCAGUCCAUCUUCCUCAAGUGGAUCGAGACGCUCAACCACGUCGGACGUGAUGACAUUGAGGAGCAGGCAGAGAGGCUGGCGUUGGAGCAGGACCAUGGAGAGCUGUACAAGCAGGCCCUCUUCUUCACCCUCUUCUACCAGGAAGUGAGGAUCCUCAUGAAGGCCGCACAGGUGCACAAUUUCACCUCGCAGGACCUGCUUAAGCCUCAGCCCAAGAAGUUCAAGAAGCACAUGAGUGCAAUGGUGAACUUCCACAGAUUCAGGCUGGAUAGACUGGAGGAUCACGACGUGUAUCAGAAUGAGGCAGAGGAGUUUACAGACAUUAAGAGCGAGCUGGUGGUUGAUGUGGAUCGAUUGAGGGAGGCAAUUCGGGCGAAGAAGGAACAAUUGGAGGAUGAGGCUCCCCGAGCUCAGGUGAUCCGCGAGGAAUGCCAGAGGCUGAGUGACGAACUCGUAUCCCUCAAGUCUGAACAGACGGAGAUCCUCAAGCAAAGAGAUGUGCUCAACAGCAAAAAGGCCAACCUCGUCGAGCUGCAGAUGGCGCUGCAGACCGAGAUUCGUCUUGGGACCGAUAAGCUAAGACGCCUGCAGUCCAGGAUCGUGACGAGUCCCAAAGAGCUCAAGAAUGCAUUGACGAUGCUGAAUGAGGAACUGCGAGAGGGCAAGGCUCAUUUCCUCGACACGCAGAGAAAGGCCAAGGACCUGGACGCUCGCGUGGCAUUAGCGAGGGAGGUAGAGGAGGUAAGUAAAGCGAGAGCCUGCAGAGUGGUAUCAGGGCGCCAUUUCUGA